AUGUCUUCCCUUUUAAGAAUCGUCAUGUCUGUUUUAUUUUACGUCUUUGCAGUGCUUAGAUACGUAUUUUAUCGUGCCAUUUCAUCUUUCCUAACAGUUAUCGUGCUUCUACUUGUAUCCAUUUUAAUGUUCGCCACGUUUUAUCAAGCUUAUAUGCCUGUGGUUUCUCACGUCAAACCUGUAUAUCUUCAGUUCAGCACUGAUUGUAAAGAUAAGAUGUCAACGCUGUGCUCUUAUCCUGAAGCUAGAGUCAUGUUUGGCUCGUCAAAUAAAGCUAACGAACAGAGGAUGUUGAUGCGAGGUCAAGCAUAUAAAGUAUUUCUAGACAUCGAAAUGCCUCCAUCGCCUAUAAAUCAAAAGUUAGGUAUGUUCAUGGUAAACAUAGAAUUUAUUUCUGCAGAUGGAGUGGUACUAAAAACAUCUUCACGUUCCUGUAUGCUACCCUAUGAGUCAUAUCUGGUGAAACUUUUUCGCACAUUUUUUUUCUCUCUUCCGCUUACUCUCGGAAUGACUGAAGAGAAACAAAAGAUUGAAAUGAUUUUUUUCGACGACUAUGUUGACGAUUCCUACAAACCUGCUGUCCAGGCUAAGGUUGUCAUCUUGACGAAACAAAUCGAGAUAUAUUCGUCCACGCUUCGUCUCCAGGCUUCAUUCACUGGAUUGAGGUAUCUUAUUUUCAACUGGCCUCUGGUCUUUUCAUUUUUUGCCAUUUUUGCAAAUUUUAUUACUGUCACCUUACUGUACUCUGCAUGCGUAAAUCAACUCGCACCAAGUUUUUAUGCCAGCAACAACUCGCCGCGUGCUGAAGCAAGUACACCACAACGUGAUACCGAGCUUCGGAACAACCGCAACGGUUCUUCGACUAUUGGUAGAAGUUUAACUCCUGCUUCACUGGAGAUGCCUCAGGCUGAUGCUAAUACGGUCAUAUCCAAUGGUGUAACUGAGCUUAUUUCUGAUAAUUUGAGAGAAAAUUCUAGUGCUUGUUCAAGUUCAGAGCACAAUGAAGACGUUGUUUCUAAUUUGUCACAUGUGCAAACAAUGCCGUUGCCUCGGCGUAAUAACAGGAGGCCAAAUGUGGAUGCAAGAUUUGAGGACGUUGCCAUUCCUGGAAUUUUGCGAAAUUUCGGAAUUGUCCACCUUCAUCAUACGGCAUAGGAAGACGUCGCUAUGCUCGAGUUUCUUCUGUGAAUCUUAAAUUCCAUCGUAGGAGAGAAAAAAUUCAUCGUACAUCUUAUAAAAAAGUUGAUAAAAUGAAAUCCAUGGCGCGGAAAGAGGCACAGCAACAAGUUUGCCAUAAUUCAAAGGAAAUCGUAGUCGAUCGUGAUGUUAUGGAUACUGGCUCAGAGGUUCACGAUCCUCCUUUAUCUUGUCCAAAUGUAAAUAACGCGUCCUUUGAUGGAGUGUCACUUAGUCAUCUCAGUAGUUCGACUAAAACAGCGGACAGUAAUAAAUUGAAAAGGCGUAAAAAGCGCAUGGACACAAAUCACACAAAGCCUACUACAGCGCAGGACAGUAAAAUAAGCACUUUUACACGAAGUGAAAUACUUCAUCGGGAGAUUGUCGGCUGGCAAACACGUCGUAAAAACAAACAGUUUCGUUCUGACAUGAAUGAAGAAACCAGAGGGAUUUCUCACGAACCUCGUUGAAUAAUAGGAAAUCUUUAUGGAAAAGUUUGUGUCUUAUACCAAGCUGGAAUGGAUUCAAACUACCUCGAAGAUCUUGUAAAUAUUUUCAGGGAUCAAUUGGGCCUGUUGCCCGAGGUAUUCGAAACUGUGUAUCAGAUUUGGAGUUGACUACAGUGGAAAAGCAUAGGCUGAGUGAGCUUAGUGGACAGAAAAGAUCUGCAAGCACAAGUGAUCUAACUUCUUUAGAAAGAACAGCUAUCUCUUUAUAGUCAUAAAUAAAGACAUAACCAACAUUUUAUUAUUAUAUUAUUUUAUAAAUUAACCAUGGAAGGUGAAAGGUAAUUUGUUUUAAGUUUUUAAGAGAUGUGUUAAGCACCUGUUUACAAAUAAUUUUAUUUAUGGUUUUCCUUGAUGUGUACGUUAAUGCAAUCGAGCAGACUUCUGAUUUUUCAACUCCAGUUUAUUUUGAAUUUUCAAAGAAAUACAUCUUUUUUUUUAUAUUCAA